CAACACAUAUACUCCAUAUACUCUAUUGUAAAUAAAUUAAUUUUGGAAUUCCAAACUUUUCCUAAGAAAAAAAAGAUUGUUCCACACAAAUUUCUCCAUAUACUCUAUUGUGAAUAAAUUAAUUUUGAAAUUCCAAACUUUUCCUAAGAAAAAAAGAUUGUUCCACACAAAUUUCUUAGCCCGACUUGUCCGAAUUACGUCGGAGCAUUCAAAAUUCAAGAAAAUUGACCCUUUUCCCCUCCUUUAUCUCUUUCUCUGAGACGCCUCUCUCUCUCUCUCUCUCUCUCAUUUCUUCCUCAAACGCAUCGCCCUCUCUCUCAUCUCUCUCAAACAGAUUCGGUGAAUCAAACCGAAGGCGGAGGUAUAGUCAUUUUUUAACACAUUUGAGUUGGUGCUCACUUGUAGGAAGAUUCCCGCUCUGAAGUAAAGUCUUUUUUCCACACCACCGCGCAUCGAAAGCGAACUUCUCCCUCUCACUGCUCACGUCUCUCUCUCUCAAACCGACGCCGCCGGAGGGGGUUUUCUCUCAUCACCGACCAAGGAAAAAAGAUCGUAUCUCGCCCUCUCAGUAAAUGGAAAACGAAGACGUUACACAUGAGGAAAGGGUAGAAUUUGAACAACAAAUGAAUGGAUAUUUGCGACUUAUAGAAUUUGAAAAAAUUCAUGGUUUUUUGUUAGAUUCAAAAGCACAUCUAAGAUGUGCGACUAGGUCGGUCCAUAAUUUGGGUAGGCAACUUGUUCAAAAGCCAAAAAUCCCGGUCGUCACAGAACUUCAUGUCCAAUACAUUGCUAGGUUGAUAGACGAGUUUGGUUGGACAGGAAUGCCAACGCCAAUCUACCCGAUGGAUAUAAUGUUCCCAAAUGCAGCUCCAUGGUUAGAUAUCGAAAAUGCAGCAAAUGCUCACAGAGUUGCGAUACUUAGGCCACAUAUUGAGGAAGAUCAGCAAUCAAGGAACGAGUUAAUUGCUGCACAUGAUCUUCUUCUACAAUUUUUGCAUGCACUUGAUGAACUGCAGCAACAAAGAGAGUUGUUAAUUAGAAGCAAUAGGGCAUUUGUUUCAGCUGGUGCUCAUUUAGCUAGUGAGCAUUGUCUUCCUAUAAUGAGAGCAGAUGAUGUAGAAUCCGUAGUCACACUCAUUAAUGAGUUUGGCUAUAAUGGCAUCCCUCAACCAAUUUAUCCGGAUGCACCAAUGUUGUUGGAACAACCCAACAGGGAGGAAGUGCAAGUAAUUUUAAAUAUGGUUAAUGGACGAUUUCAUGUUGGUGGACAAUUGUAAAAAGUUGUCGGAAUUUUAUUUGAUUCAAUGGUUUGUUAUUAGUUGUUUUUUUUUAAGAUAAUUAUUGUUAACGUAUUGAAUAUGUUUAGAUACUAUUGAUGAAUGUAAAAUGUUCAGGUUUUUGAAUCUUCC